AUGCGACGCGCGUUGGGGCUUGUGCCGCGCUGCCUGUACGGGCGUCCAGCAGCCGCAGCAGCGGUAACAGUAGCACCUACCCUGACGUGCACACUGCGACAGUUUCGAUCGCAGGCCGGCGCUGCCGCUGACACUGAGCGGGAGGAGCUCGAAAAGGACAGGGCGGCGCUGCGCAAGUACUCCGCACUGGCUGCCUUUGGCGUGCUCUGCGCCGGUGCCGUCUGGUACGGCUCACAACAGGCGAAGAAACGGUAUUUCGGCGCCGACGGCAGCGCGCGCGUUAACGUUGAGACGCGCGGGCGGCCGGCGCUGGGCGGCCCAUUUGUUCUAGUGACGACAGACGGUGAGCCCGUCACGCAGGCAGAGUUUCUGGGUUCGUGGACCUUUUUCUACUUUGGCUUCACGCACUGCCCGGAGAUAUGCCCUGUGGAGCUAAAUCGUAUGUCGAAGGUCGUCGACGCUGUGCGGGCGAAGCGGCCAAAAGACAAAAUUGUUCCGCUGUUCGUCUCGUGUGACCCGCGGCGCGAUUCGUUAGAGGCGAUCACAGAAUACCUGUCCGUGUUUCACCCCGACUUCAUCGGACUUGUGGGUACGCCGAAGCAGGUGAGCGACGCGUGCAAGUCGUACCGCAUCUACUACUCCCUGCCGAGCGAUGAGGCGGCAGAGACGAAUGACUACUUGAUCGACCAUAGUAUCGCCAUAUUUCUAUUUGAUCCUAAAGGACGCUUUGUAGACUUCUUUGGCAACCGCUACGACGAGACGGAAAUCACGCAGCGCGUGCUGCAUUACAUGGAGCAGCUCGAGCGGGACCCUGAGUGGACAAACUGGUGA